CAACUAAAAGAAAAAAAAAACUUGAAUUCUUCUAGUCACUAAAACUUUAGAUUCUCGAAGGUACCAACUAGUAUUUAAGUGACCCUUGUUUUAUCACCAUUUCAUCAAUUCAAACUUAAAACUAGUCCCCUCAUACAUUUUCCGAUCAAGUAAACAUCUAAUCAACCCAAAGAUGGAAGGCAAAACUGUGAUUGUAAGUGUGCUCCUAAUGAGUCUGUUUUUGGCACAAAUUCAAGUCGACGCAAUGAGCUGUUGCCCAUCCGUCCCUGCGAGAAACACCUACAAUGUUUGCCGUCUAGCGGGAGGUUCUAAGCAAGUAUGUGCAAACAUUAGUGACUGCAAAAUUGUUAGUGGAUCGACAUGUCCUAACGGAUAUCCUAAAGUCACUCUCGAAAACACAGGUGAUGCUGUCAAUGAAUACUGCAAGGUUGGAUGUUUAUCCUCUGUUUGCGGUGCUUUAACCACUCUCGAGAAUUUCAAUGCAAAUGAAAUCGUGAAUGGAGCUGUUGGAAAAUGUGCUAACGCGUGUUCUACAAUCUGCACCAAAGGCUCCAUAAAUGUAAUUGAAACUGCCUAGAAAGUCAUAUCCAAAUACCACGUACGUGUGAAGGUUAAGGAGGUGGUCAUCUUUCACAGUGUUGUUGGUUCUCAUGUUUUCAAUAAUUGUCUUGUAUGUGACAAAAAUGUUAGAUUCUUGUGUUUGUGAUGUGUUUUCCUUGAAGGUUAUCGAUCUCUAGAUUGUAUAUGCCUUCUACUCCCUAAUUUUAAAUAAUAAAUAAUGUGUUGGUAUCCAUA